ACAGGACACGGACAUCCAGAAGAAGAUUGACCACGAGAUCCGGAUGCGGGAGGGCGCCUGCAAGCUGCUGGCGGCCUGCACGCAGCGCGAGCAGGCGCUGGAGGCCACCAAGAGCCUGCUGGUGUGCAACAGCCGCAUCCUGGCCUACAUGUCGGAGCUGCAGCGCAUGAAGGAGGUGCAGGUGAUGCAGCGCGUGGCCAGGCGCCCCUCGGACGCCGGCCCCGCGGACGAGCGGCUGCCCUGCCGCGGCACCGUCUGCGUCUCAGACCUCCGCAUCCCGCUCAUGUGGAAGGACACCGAGUACUUCAAGAACAAGGGAGAGCUGCACCGCUGCGCCGUGUUCUGCCUGCUGCACCUCGGCGUGGAGAUCUACGACACGGAGAUGGUGCUGGUGGACCGCACGCUCACCGACAUCUGCUUCGAGAACGCUGUGCUCUUCACCGAGGCCGGGCCCGACUUCGAGCUGCGGGUGGAGCUGUACAGCGCGGCGCUGGAGGAGGAGGCGGCGCUGGGCAGCGCGCCCAAGAAGCUGGCCAGCAAGCUGAGCAGCUCCCUGGGCCGCUCCUCGGGCAAGCGGCUGCGCGCCGCCCUCGACGGGGCGCCCGGCAGCCCCCUGAGCAACGGCGGCAGUAGCGCCCUGCUGCUGCCGGUGCCCAGCGUGCCCGGCCCCAAGUACCACUUGCUGGCGCACACGGUGCUGUCCCUGGCCGACGUGCAGGACGGCUUCCGCACGCACGACCUCGCCGUCACCUGCAGCGAGGAGAGCUCCUUCUGGCUGCCGCUCUACGGCAGCAUGUGCUGCCGCCUGGCCGCGCAGCCGCGCUGCAUGGCCGCGCAGGUGACCUGCGGCUUCCUCCGGCUCCAGCAGCAGGCGGGCGAGCCGCAGAGCUGGGCUCGGCUCUACUGCGUCCUGCGCGGCACCAACCUCCUGUGCUACCGGCGCCCGCAGGACGCCGAGGGGCAGGAGGAGCCAGCGCUCACCAUCGCCGUCAACAAGGAGACGCGGAUCCGCGCGGCCGAGCGGGAGCCGGGCGGCGCGCGGCACUGCGUGUCCGUCACCAACCGCUACGGCGCCGACGAGGUCACCCACACGCUGCUGGCCGAGAGCCGCGCCGACGUGCAGCGCUGGAUGGAGGCCUUCUGGCAGCACUUCUAUGACAUGAGCCAGUGGAAGCAGUGCUGUGAGGAGCUCAUGCGCAUCGAGGUGCCGUCGCCGCGCCGGCCGCCCGCGCCGCUGCCCAAGCAGGGCUCGCUCUACCACGAGAUGGCGCUGCCCGGCCCCCCCGGGCCGCCCUCCGCCUGCGAGGGGCUCCUGCUGCAGGAUAACGCCGUCUCGGCGGAGAUCCGCGCUCUGCUCUCCUCCUAUUACAGUGACAGCUAUUGACCCGUGCGACGACAUCGAGGCGGUCACCGACAUCCUGACGCGGCGCG